CUCUUGGCGGCUCUUUUCUCGAAAAAUACUCAUCUCCAGCCCCAACUUCUACUGAUCUCUUUCCCAUCCCCAUCCGUCCCGCCGCACUGCCGUUGCUGCAGUCGCAAACCCGCCUACCAUGAGGAUCGAGACGUGCUAUUUCUGCUCUGCACCUGUGUAUCCCAGCAAGGGUAUCACUUUUGUGCGCAAUGAUGCCCGCGCCUUCCGCUUCUGCAAGUCCAAAUGCCACAAGAACUUCAAAAUGAAGCGCAACCCGCGCAAGCUCGCAUGGACAAAAUCGUUCCGUCGCGCGCACGGCAAAGAAAUGACCGUCGACAGCACGCUUCAGUUCGCCGCCCGCCGCAACAUCCCCGUCCGCUACAACCGCGACCUCAUCCAGUCGACGCUCAAGGCCAUGUCGCGUGUGUCGGAGAUCCGCGCCAGGCGCGAGAGGGCGUUCUACAAGGCCCGCAUGAAGGGCAACAAGGCGCGCCAGCGUGCCGACGACCGCAAGUUGGUCGAGGAGAACCAGCACCUUCUACCGCCCAGCGAGCGGUGGGCUGUGCAGAAGGAGGAGGUGGAGGAGAUGGAGGUGGAUGUGGACAAGGUCAAGGAGAAGGUGGCGAAGAGGAGACAAGAGAUUGCCGAAGAGGAGCUCAGCGAGGAGGAGCUGCCAAAGAGCAAGUUGAAGAGCAAGAGGAAGCUGAAGAGGAAGGUUGGAGGUGGAGUCGAGGCUAUGGAUGUGGACGAGUAAACGCCGGCUGGUUGCGAAAAAGAGAGAACCAGAUGGGAUGGAUCCAUUCGGUGGUUGAGGGUCGUUGGUGGGGGGUAAAAGACUGGAAUCACCGACUGGAAUCGUUUCUGUGUCUCCUUGCUCGACGGCCGCCAAAACAAUACCAUGCAUCUACAGUAGAAGGGCGUCCCGGCGUUAUGGAACCAAAGGAUAU